CCAGAUCAUUAAUUCUCCGGCUCGGCUCUGGGUCUCAGCUCCCUCUGCCCGUCGGUCGUCCAGCGGCGAAGUGCACGAUGAGUCACAAGUAAACGCACUCGGGUUCCUCAUGACUAGAUGGCAAACCCGGUGACAUCAGCCUGCUGUAUGGUGCUAGCGGCGGCCGUCAUGGUGUACGCGCAACGACACAACGAGGAAGCAAAGUCAAGAUCUCGGCCUUUCGUCUCCGAGCCCGGGUCACUGGACCGCGUACAGACUCCCCGCGCAGGACGCAGCCCGCAAAGAGAUCCCCACAUCCAGUACGAGAAGAUUGGCUCAGACGCGGUGAUAAAGUGCGGAUCUAUGGACCCCGACUUCGCUGUAACGUGGACUGUAAACGGGACCGACAUUACUAAUCCCCAGCUGAACGGCUCCGCUCUCCUCUUACACAAUGUCAACUUAUCACACAGUGGAUUCUAUUCCUGCUUCGAGGGGUCUUCCUGGAAGGUUUGGCACCAGACCGUUCUCAAAGUCGGCCAUCCUCCCAAAGAACCAUCGCUGAUGUGUCGGUCGAACAAUUACCCCACCUCCUUCUACUGCAGUUGGCAUCUCCCGAGUCCCACCUACAUCCCCAACAACUUCAACAUCACCGUCAUGCAUGACACAAAACAGCUCUUCUGUGAGAAAGACCCGUACCCCAAAAACCGGUGUCACAUAAGGUACAGCCACCUCUUCUCCACACUGAAGUACCGGGUGACGGUCAUAGCGACGAACCCUCUGGGGAGGAACUCCACCACCAUCAGCUUUGAUGAAUUUACUAUAGUGAAGCCGGAUCCCCCGGAGAACGUCGUCGCCAAAACCGUCUAUAAGAAUCCCCGGAGGUUAGAGGUCACAUGGCAGACGCCCUCCACCUGGCCGGACCCGGAGUCGUUCCCGCUCAAGUUCUUCCUGCGGUAUCGGCCGCUCAUCCUGGACCAAUGGCAGCACGUAGAAUUAUCGGACGGGACGUCUCACACAAUAACGGAUGCCUAUGCCGGGAAGGAGUACAUCAUCCAGGUGGCAGCCAAAGACUAUGAGAUUGGGACGUGGAGCGACUGGAGUGUAGCGGCACACGCCACACCGUGGACGGAAGAGCCCAAAUACAUCACCACAGAAGCCCAGAAAGCAGAAACCACGACGACAAUCACGUCCACGACCACGACGACUUAUAUGACGCCUUCAACUUCCCAGGUGUGGGAUCCAGUGCCUACAGACAGCUCAGCCCGAGUAUCCUGGCCCUCUCUAUUGUUAUUGGUUCCGUUUGGGAUUUUACUUAUGUGAUUCCUUGGUUGGGUUUCAACA